AUGCCGGGAAGUGGGUAACCGAGCGGAGGUCCGCGGACCGCUUCGCGGCGAUUAGUGCGGUGGAGCGCACUUGCAUUAUGACCAAAGCUGCCGGUGUUCAGGAAAAGCGGUAAAACGAGUGGGAAACGAAUUUCCUAUCAAAAAUUUUCGCCUUUUUUAACAAAAUAUUUUCAGGCCCACUCUUCGUUCUGCUCCACUCAAUUUCCCUAUUCUCCAACAGUUUUGUGGUCUACGAAGCACAAAUCUGCCGAUUUUUUCUACAAUCUCUGCUUUUUCUAGUGUUUCUCGAACGAUUGAGGUGCGUUUUCUAAUUUUAUUCGCCGCAAUUUUGCAGCUAAACGGUCGUCGCCGAGUUUUUCGCGAAAAUUGCGAUAGAGCGCGUCUUGCACAGACAUGGAAAGCAUCAUCAAUGUUCAGAUCGGUGCGGAAACCGCGAAAACCGUACACAAUAGUGUCGGUGUGGAAAUGGGCGAACAAGAAUGACAAUUUGCUCAUUCUCUCCGUCGCCAUGGCACUUUUAAGGGCGGAGCCACUUUUUCAUAGGUGCCGCGAGGAAGAAGCCACGUGUCAGAUGUACUAUUCGGUCCGGCAUGUCGCCAGUCUCAGCGGUAUGCACUUCUUUUUUUUUUGUUGUGAAAACAACCAGUUUCUUCUCUUUCAGUAGACGCCCAAGUCGUGCGACUUCUCUUCGCCGGAAUCUCGCUCGCCGUGACAAAUUCGUCGGCAUUUCGAAUGUUUAGUGAAAAACGAAUGACGUCAGGUUUUUAUGAUUCUUUUGGCCCAAAAAAACACAACUUUUCUUAAAGGCACAAUGCGAAUAUUGUCGGCAGUUUCGUGGCCGCUUCUCGCCGGAAUCUUCUAUCAUUGUGUCAUCGUUUCGAAGCUUCAAGACCCGUCGCGAGCCAAUUUCACGGCACAAAUGAUAUUCUUCAGCAGUUUCGCAUGUGCAAUCGCGGCGUGGAGGGAGAGGUAAACAAUGAACAAGUGUUCUUUUUUGAAAAUUGUUCAAGUACACGGCGGGCAGAGUUUUCUAGCACGACACCUUUAAAAAUGACUAUUUUCGCAGAAACUUUGCAAUUACCGUCCACUUCCUGAUGAUGCCCAUUUAUUUGCUGUUCGGCGACGGAAUGAUCCCCGCUUUGGUCGUUUUCAUCGCUUUAUCGGUGAUUAUCACGAAAUUCGUGCCGCGCGGUUGGUGUUCACUUGUUUCUUAACGAUUUAUCGGUUUUUUUUUGCCAGAAACCCUCGCGUCGGCGGUGGCCAUUUUGGUGCCGUUCGGAUUCUACCAACUCGGCCACUCUCCGGUGAUCUCCGCAAUUCCGUGGCACGCCGGAUUCGUCGGAAUUCCCGGAUCGGCGGUCCCGCGCAUCGUCACCGCCGCUUUUGUGCUCGUCCAUCUCAACUUUUCCGCCAUUUCGUCGAUUUUUGUGAUUUCUAGUCAAACGGUGAGAGUUUUGGCCAUUAAAACCUGAAAAAGAAAAUCGCCGACGGUACCAGUUCCUGAGACAAUUCCUAUUUCUAUUUUCGGCUAAUCCGAUGGUCUCUCUCUCUCUCUUUUCCGCCCCUCCCUUUCCGUUGUAAUAUUCUCCCAUUCAAUAAAAAAUAAUUAGUAGGGAAAACGGAUAAAAAUCGAUAUUUUGCAGCAUAAUUGGCCGCUCGCCGAGACGGUGAUUCUGACGACGACGCGCGCGACGUUCGCCUGUUUCGCCGCAUCAAUCCAUCGACGUCAUCUGAUGGUCUGGAAAAUUUUCGCGCCCAAAUUCAUCUUCGAAUCCGUCCUCGCCAUUGUUCUUCUCGUUUUCGCCGAUUUUUUGUCCGUCCUCCGACUGUUUACCCCGAGGCCAAAAAAACUGUAA